CAUUGAGAUGCACGAUUGUUCUUACUUUCAGAAACUUAGUAACACUCGCACUGAAUUGUUUUUGGUAAAUUGCAUUGAUGCGUAACUGAAAAACGCUAAAUUAUUUUCACCAGUGUUGGAUUUGAAAACAGUGACAAAAAAAUUGAACGAAGAGCAAUUUAAGAAAAUUUUUACACAGUUGUUUCCUGAAGACUUGGAUUUAUUUGAGUUUGACAGAAUGUUGAGGUACCUUGAAUUCGUUCCCGUAGGUAAAAAAUUACUCCUGAUGCUCUCCACAUUCAAAGAAGUAUAUAAGCUGAACCUGCUGGACUGCACUGAAAAAAUUACCCCAGAGGCUUUGAAAUUACUUCCACGCGAUGAGCGAACUAAACAAGCGAAAAUUAAAAUGGAAAAAGAACCGUCUGAUGAAUUUUAUUACUCAGAAAUAUCAUGGAUUUGUUAUCUGUCGCCUGAAGAGUCGGUAGAACAUAUAAAAACACUGAUAAAACAAACUUCUGACCAAAGCAAGAGGUUGCAUCUACUUAAACAGCUAAUGUACCCUUACUUCAUCAAUUCUGAUAAUGACGCUCUGCUUGAAGUGCUUAAGUACAUUACAACGAGACAUAAAAACAAACAAAGGAAUUUUUUAGUCAAUAUUUUAAUUAUGAUGACCACUCAAAAUCCGUUGAAAUAUCUAUCACAAGAACAUUGGGAUGUGAUUUACAAUUUCUUGAAGUUCAUGCAUGUCAAAAAUCAGCUUAAUUGUUAUAGUCUACUACAAAUAGAAAUAAUAACAUCUUUAAUUCGCUUUGAGUUAGAAAACAAUCAUUCUAUUGAAGAUAAAAUAAGCUUUUUGACCGAUUUGAUUAUCAGACGAUCUCAGCGUCCAUUUAAUAUUUUAGAAGAUAAUAUUGUGUUUAAAAAGCAGUGUUUGGAGGAGUUUCUCAAAGUACUUCCUACUAAGAAACCCAAUGACAAAAAUUAUCCAAGCACCGCAUUAAUCAAAAAUGUUAUAAUAUCAAUCUAUACUUUCAAUAAACAUAACUUGAAGGCUAAGUCUCCUUUUGAGCCCAUGUCUAUCAAAGAUUUUCCUUAGAUACUGAAUGCUAUUGAAAAAAUGAUAAAUGAAAAUACUGAGUACGAUGAUAAUUUACAAUUUAUACUAAGAACUUUACAAAAAGAAGAGCAUGAUCUUUAUAAAGAAUUUGCCGAAAACGUUAAAGAAGAAAAAUUAC